UUUUUUUAAAAAAAGUUAAGGAAAGUAAAGGCGCCGGAUAGAAAACGUGCGCCGCCGUAUAUAAGUGGCGCUCUUACGUCCCCGCGCAAAUUAGGGUUCAUCCUUCACUCCUCUCUUUCUUCCUCUCUUUCCCAACGGAUUGAUUAUUCCACCAGCUCCAAGUUUCAAACUGUCUCUUCUCCCGCCAAUCUCAUAUUCCGAGCUUAUUGUUCCUGCCGCUGAUGCCACAUUAAUAGGGAAAAAGGGCAUCAGGUUCUUGUUGUACAUAAAUGGCUGCGUAGGGCGUAGGCAACCAUGUCAGAAGAGGUGGCAGAAAUGAUGAUGGUUUAUGAUGAGCACUCUGAUCAGAGGUCUCUAUCUUUUGAGGAUACUAGCAGUACGGAGGAAUCUCCAGAUGAAAUGAGGCUGUCCUUGGAGGAAGCAAAUGAUGUGGCACCUCAUGUUGGGCAAAGGUUCGCCACUCACGACGCUGCUUAUGAGUUCUAUAGUGAAUUUGCUAAACGUUCUGGCUUCUCGAUUCGGCGCCACCGUACAGAGGGUAAAGAUGGUGUGGGGAAAGGGCUUACUAGGCGUUAUUUUGUAUGCCAUCGUGCUGGUAAUACUCCUGUUAAAAAUUCCAAUGACACUAAACCUCAAAGAAACAGAAAAUCAUCUAGAUGUGGGUGUCAAGCGUUUAUGCGAAUAACCAAGACAACUGAGUUAGGACAACCUGAAUGGCGAGUCACUGGUUAUGCAAAUCAUCAUAAUCAUGAACUCCUGGAGCCCAACCAAGUGCGUUUUCUUCCUGCAUAUCGCACAAUAUCUGAUGCAGACAAAAGUCGAAUCUUAAUGUUUGCUAAAACAGGGAUUUCAGUGCAACAGAUGAUGAGACUUUUGGAGCUGGAGAAGUGUGUCGAGCCUGGAUAUUUGCCUUUUACUGAGAAGGAUAUUAGAAAUUUGCUACAGUCAUUAAAAAAGGCGGAUCCAGAGGAUGAGAGCAUAGACUUAUUGAGAAUGUGUAGAAACAUUAAGGAGAAAGAUCCGAACUUUAAGUUUGAGUAUGCAUUGGAUACAAACAAUAGGUUGGAAAAUAUUGCUUGGUCAUAUGCAUCAUCAAUGCAAUUAUAUGAUAUUUUUGGUGAUGUGGUAAUCUUUGACACUACCCACCGCUUGACUGCUUUUGAUAUGCCUCUGGCAAUCUGGGUUGGAAUAAAUAAUUAUGGAAUGCCAUGCUUUUUUGGUUGUGCACUUCUUAGAGAGGAUAACUUGAGGUCAUACUCAUGGGCAUUGAAGGCAUUCUUAGGUUUCAUGAAUGGAAAGGCUCCACAAACAAUUUUAACUGAUCAGAAUAUGUACCUCAAAGAAGCAGUAGCAUCAGAGUUGCCGAGUAGUAAGCAUGCCCUAUGCAUUUGGUUAAUCGUGGCAAAGUUUCCUUCCUGGUUUAAUGCAGUUUUAGGAGAUCGCUACAAUGAUUGGAAGGCUGAAUUUUAUAGGUUGUAUAAUCUGGAGUCAAUUGAAGAGUUUGAAUUGGGUUGGAGAGACAUGGUGAAUGCAUUUGGACUUCAUGCUAACAGGCAUAUUGUUAGUCUGUUUGCCUUACGGUCACUUUGGGCACUGCCAUACUUGCGAAGCCAUUUCUUUGCGGGGAUGACCACUACUGUCCACUCUAAAGCAAUUAAUGCUUUCAUUCAGCGGUUUUUGAGUGCACAAACCCGGGUUGCUCACUUUGUGGAACAGGUAGCUGUUACUGUGGAUUUCAAGGACCAAACUGCAGAACAGCAGACAAUGCAGCAGAAUCUCCAAAACCUCUGUUUGAAAACUGGAGCACCAAUGGAAUCUCAUGCUGCUACAGUUCUUACACCUUUUGCAUUUUCCAAGCUCCAGGAACAGCUGGUUUUGGCUGCUCACUAUGCAUCAUUUCAGAUGGAAGAUGGCUAUCUAGUGAGACACCAUACUAAACUUGAGGGAGGGCGGAAAGUUUAUUGGAUUCCAAGGGAAGGCGUCAUAAGUUGUAGCUGCCAUCACUUUGAGUUCUCAGGAAUCCUUUGUCGCCAUGCUCUUCGUGUUCUUUCCACCGGUAAUUGCUUCCAAAUUCCAGAUCGGUAUCUUCCUCUUCGUUGGCGUCGAAUCAGUACACCACCUAGCAAACUCCUUGAGACCACCACGAAUGAUCACCCUGAGAGGGUUCAAUUGUUGCAGACUAUAUUAGCUUCUUUGAUAAACGAAUCAGUUAAAUCACGAGAACGGCUUGAUUUAGCUACUGAACAAGCUUCUAUGCUUCUAUCUCGUAUUAGGGAGCAGCCUGUUUGUUCACCAGGUGCGAGAGAAAUCUCUUCAAAUCCUAGAAACCACUGAUGAAAGCACUUCAUGUUAUGGACUAUGAUGACAGCUCGGCUCUGUUCUGUUUAGUUAGGAUGUAAAGAUAGAGAAUGCAAUCUUGCUGUCUACAAAUAUUGGUAGUUUGGUCAGCAUCACGUUUCUGAGAUUUUCGUAAUCAUUUAUCGUAAUUAAAAGAAUCUGUAGCUUGGCCAAAAUUUGAUAUGAGGAAGGAGGCCUAAAAAAUUGUAGCUUUUAAUGUAUAGAUAAGUACAGCUGAGCUGAUGGGUGCUCUGUGCAUAUAUAGUUACAUCUAUGAAUGAUGGAUGAUUCAGUUGGAAAAACUAAAAGAUAGCCCUCAGUCCCUGAAGGAUUGCCAUGAAAGAAGACAAUGGCCUUCCUCUUCCUUUCCAUAAAUAUCCAUUCGUGCAGGGAUCUAUAUUGGCCAUCUAAGGCAACUAAGGCAAUUAGCCUCUAUAUUGGCCAUGAAUCCUUUCACUUUUUCUAAGCAACCAAGGCAAUUAGCCUCAACUAAUGUAUUCUCUUCGGACGAGUUGAAUGCGAAGCAGAAUGUGUUGUUCAGCUCAAUAAGUAGAC